AUGGAACUCGGAAAUCCAGAAACCCAUACCUGUGGUGUGAUGGGGGUUGCAGUAGAUGGAAUGAACCAAAUCUUGGUGACUGCAGGGCUGGACGGGGAAAUCCGGUUCUGGGGCUUUAAGAAGCACCAGAAAAUUGACACUUUACAGACAGAAAACUACAUUUCAGGGAUUGUACUGCAUAGGGAAAGCUCGAUGCUGGCUGUAGCAUUGGACAAUUUCCAGAUCUUUGUGGUAGAUUUAGAUACUCGCAGAAUGGUCAGGAAGUUUCAGAGUCACAGUAACAAGGUGACGGGGAUGUCCUUUAGUCCUGAUGCUCGCUGGUUGAUCUCAUCCGCCAUGGAUUGUACAGUCAGAUCAUGGGACUUGCCCUCUGGAAGGUUGGUAGACUGCUUUUCAGUGGAGAUGGCCGUGACCUCUCUGUCGAUGUCUCCGACUGCAGAUUUCCUAGUGACCAGUCAUGUGGACAGUGUAGGGGUGUAUACUUGGUACAACAAGACCCUCCUCUCUCACGUAUCCCUGGCCCCACUCCCAGACGAUUACCAACCACAGGAAGUGGAAAUGCCUGACACACGAUUCACUGGAGGAGAUGACAACCAAAAUGCUGAAGAUGACACGGUGCUGGAUGAUGUAGAUGAUUACGCUUCCCCAGAACAAUUAUCCUCCGAGUUAGUGACCUUGUCUCUUCUCCCUAACUCCCGCUGGCACAACCUCCUCAAUCUGGAUGUCAUUAAGAUGAGAAAUAAACCAAAAGAACCCCCUAAAGUUCCCAAGGCAGCGCCUUUCUUUUUACCCACAAUUCCUGGCUUACAACCCAAGUUUGCCGUCCCUGAAAACACCGAGGAAACAGACAAGAAGAAAUCGGGUCCUGAUCUUUCUCGGUUUAUUUCUCUUGGUGAACUUGGACGUAGACUAGAUGAAGGAAAGGAGAAUCAGAGUGCUUUGGGAUAUCUGAAAGAACUUGGUCCCUCUGCUGUUGAUAACGAGAUUCGAUGUUUAGGACCGGAUGCAGGGGGAUCUGUGACCACUAUGUGCCAGUUCCUUCACUUGAUUAGUCAUGUUCUGGACACCAAGAAAGACUUUGAAGUGGCCAAUGCUUAUCUGGGACUUUUUCUAAAGAUUCAUGGUGAUACAAUAUCCAGUCAUCCUGAACUGGUUGAAGUUCUGAGAGAGGUGAAAGGAAAACUGAAUCAGACGUGGACUUCCAUACAGGAUCUGUUUACCUUGAAUUUAACACUUCUAACCCAUCUCAGGACAGCUAAAAUCUGAGAGAGAGAG